AUGGCGAACUCUCUGGCCAGACGACCCUCUACCAACGGCUCUUCUCACGACCGAGGGACCUCCUUCACCUCCAUCCCACCGUCGUCUAUAUCCCCACAUCAGUCCGUGGCCAUUGGACCCAGGAAAAACCGAUCGCAGACAUCUCUCAGUCACAAAUCAAUUGGCAGCUCCGGAGAAUCCUCACAGCGGCGAUCUGUACAUUCCUAUGGCAGCUUUCAGGCCCAGAAGCGGAGGUACAAAUCACAGUACCCCGCUGACUCUCCCGAACCGCAUGUCGAGUACAUCCUCGUUGCCUCGUUUGAUGUAGAUCGGGGGCCUAUCAUGGAGCAUCAGUAUCCUAGCGCAAUCAGUGGUGACGAGAGUAUGCUGGCAGAGCUUAUGCUGCCUGAUCAAACACAUGUUCGCAGCCAGGAUUGGACAAUCUUCUUUUUGCAUAAAGAUAAUGGUGGACCAGAAGAAGAUCCUGAAUCUGGAGAAGAUAAGGACGGAGAUGACGGACAAGGCGAAGAGAAAAAUCAAGAUGAAUUAUCUCACACCUAUCCGGAGGAAGACGACGCCGGUAGCGCCGGUAUGGAUGAUGAACCGCCCUUGAUUGGUGCAAUGGUCAAGGCAAUGGCGAUAUGCACAAGACACUCAUUUCUGCACAUAUACAAACCAUUACUUCUCCUUGCCUUGGAAGAUUAUUUUAAACAUCCCUUCCCGGAAACUCUGGCCAAAUUAUAUGAUUCUCUUAAUGCCAUGGAUCUUUCACUAAUGCCAUGUCUUUCAUACCUUGAACGUCACAUACUUCAGUCAACUGAGACAAAAGAUCUCUUUGUGGAAAAGUUCGAACGGAUGAUUAAACAGAGACUUGCAGAUGAAAAAUCAGAACUAGAGCGUCAAGGCAUUGAUCCCCAGAAGGCCGGGCCUCCACCUCGAUAUACUGUACCUCGCGAUACCCAUGAGUUUGAAUCUAAAAUCGUCUACAACGAUAUUGCAAUUCCAGUCAAGGUUCCUACAGCAAUCUCCCCAGAAACAGUGGGCGACUUUUCCUUGGUCAAACUGAUACAGACAUUUGCCGGUCCCCAUGCAACCUCCCCACAACCAUUUACUCUACACCCUCAUCUAACUAGCAGCGGACCUUUCACACAUCCCAUUAUUGUGCUGGUGAAUGCUCUACUUACUCAGAAACGGGUUAUAUUCCUAGGGCAUAAUCGGCCGUCUGGGGAAGUUGCUGAAGCUGUGCUUGCAACAUGUGCUCUUGCUUCAGGAGGAACACUACGGGGUUUCACUCGCCACGCAUUUCCCUACACGGACUUGACUAAGAUUGAUGAGCUUAUCAAAGUACCCGGCUUCGUAGCCGGUGUCACAAACCCGACAUUUGCUAAUCAUCAUGAAUGGUGGGAUCUUCUUUGUGACCUCCCUAGCGGACGGAUGAAGAUUAGCAAUCGCGUCGAGGCAGCCCCAGUGACAGAAGGGAUGCAGUAUUUCCAACCGCAGAACCAAAAUUCCUCCUCAUCUAUACUCGGCAGCUCAUCUACCCCUCCAGACCUUACUGGUGAUGUGCAGUUUAUGGAUGAUAUACUUAAAAGCAUUGCUUCAAGACACAGUGAAGGUGUUAUUCGAGCCAAAUGGCGUGCCUAUAUCAACAAAUUCACCCGGAUUUCGGCCGCCUUUGAAGAGAUAGUCUACGGGGCAACUGCCCUUGAUAUCGUGGGCCCUGAUGAACCUCCACCAGAUUCAUCUCCAAUGCGUGAGCGCUCAGGAGAAUCAACUCUACGCGGACACGGGUACGUUUGGGUCGAUGAAGCCACCAAGCAACGUGAACUCGCUGCUUGGGUACCACGAAUUGAGGGAUGGAGGAAUACCCGGUCAUAUUACUAUUUUAUUCAAGAUACUGCAACAAUGCACCUUGUUGGAAAGCCAUUGAAGGGACUAGACGUCCAACAUCACCAUGAUCGGCUGCGGACACUCAAGCUCAGCGAUGUCGAUGCUAAGGCAGUAUAUGUCGCAUUCUCAAAAUCCAUCAAAGAUUACAACUCUAUCUGCCAACUUCUUUCAGUUAUUCCCGAAACACAGGCUGGGCUCUUUUACCUCUCUAUGGGCCUCUUUCAUAACGACUCAGUUGCUCGCAAUGCUACCGUUGAUUUACUUGAUCGAAUAUCCGUCCAUGAAGCUGGUCGACAUUUCUGGGCUCAGCUCAGCCGGUUUGCAAGACUAGCUUACUAUCGCAUUAAGCGUGAUAAAGAAAGGGAAGUAGCUAGCCCACUUUCCUCCCCCUUUGAUGAUACUACAUCUCACAGCCUAGUCGGAGUGGCCGUGAGCCAUACUUCAGUUGGAACCAAAAAAGGAGUUCGACGAAGCUGA